AUGUUGCCUCUCCUCAACAAUCCCUCCCUCUCAACCGGAUCCCGCAUCCUCGUCACCGGCGCCAACGGCUACAUAGCCUCGCAUAUCAUCGACCUCCUCCUCGAACUCGGCUACAACGUGCGAGGCACAAUCCGAAGCCCAAAACCCUGGCUCGAUGAAUUCUUCCACAGUCGACACAGCACCACCCAUUAUGAAAGCGUUACUCUAUCUAAUCUGAACGACGCCACUACCUUGGAUGAAAUCAUGCGCGACGUCUCAGGUGUCAUUCAUGUAGCCUCGGACGUGUCAUUAAGUCCUGAUACAAGCGUCAUAGAUAAGACAAUCAAAUCUACGCAACUUCUUCUCCAAUGUGCAGCCAAACACAGUUCAAUUCGAAGAGUUGUUCUAACAUCUUCAUCGACCGCUGCAUUAUUACCACAGCCGAAUAAACCAGGAAUUAGAGUUACUCAUGAAACAUACAACGACCUCGCCGUCUCCCUCGCCUACUCCCCCACCACCCCGCCCGCCCAAAAACCCUUCCUCGUGUACGCGGCAUCCAAAACCGAAGGUGAACGCCACGCCUGGAACUGGGUAAGGGAAAAUGACCCCGGGUUUGUAUUCAACACAGUCCUCCCGGGCACCAAUUUCGGAAAGAUCCUCCACCCGCACAUCCCCGGCUCAACGAUGAGUUUUAUUCGUGGAUUGCAGGCGGGGAAUGAUUUUGCUGUGAGGGCUAUUCCGCCGCAAUGGUUCAUCAACGUCCAAGACACAGCAAGAUUACAUAUCACUGCGCUGUUGGAUCGCAGUGUAACCUCGGAGCGGAUAUUCGGAUUUGCGAGGCCGUUUAAUUGGACUGAUGUGUUGGAUGUGCUUCGUGAGUCGGGGGUCAAGGAUGGGGUGUUGCCGGCUGUUCCGGAGAAUGAAGCUAGGGAUUUGGGUGAGGUGGUUCCUUCGAGGAGGGCGGAGGAGUUGUUGGUUAGGUCUUGGGGGAGAGAGGGGUGGGUGGGGUUGGAAGAGAGUGUUCUUAGUUAG